GUAAGAUAUUCCAUAACAAGUUGUCUGUCUUUCCGUCUUUCCCCCACAAACAAACACUCUUUGCCCACAAAAAAAGCCACACUGAGAUUUUCUUCACCAGGAAAAUCACUGUUUGUUUUCCGUGGAAAUUCCUUACUUUCCUUGUAAUCUUUCCAAAACUCACUCGAUGCAGCCUUUUCUCUUUUCCUUUUAAUUCUUCUCCCUCGGUAAAUCCAUCAUGUAAUUACUCUCUCUGAACAGACCCAUCUCCUUCCAAUUCAUUUCUCGAAAUUUAAGAGUUUUCAACUUUAUUUUUUUUAAUUGAGGGUUUAGUGUUUGGAAAAAUUGUCUGUUUGACGUGCGUGUUGAUUUGUUGGAGCUGCAAGGGAAUUAAUUGGGGCUGAAUCGGUUGUUUGCUCGGAUUGUCUUGGGGAUUCGGGGAGCUGAAUUUGGAGUUAGGGUAAUUGGCUUCUGUUAGUGAAUUCGAGAGAGAGAUGGAGAAGUACGAAUUGGUGAAGGACAUAGGAUCUGGGAAUUUUGGGGUGGCGAGGCUGAUGAGGAACAAGGAGACCAAAGAGCUCGUCGCCAUGAAGUAUAUCGAGCGUGGUUACAAGAUUGAUGCGAAUGUAGCAAGGGAGAUCAUAAAUCACAGAUCACUUCGCCAUCCAAACAUAAUUCGAUUCAAGGAGGUAGUUUUGACUCCAACCCAUCUUGCUAUUGUGAUGGAAUAUGCGGCUGGGGGUGAGCUCUUUGAGCGGAUUUGCAAUGCCGGAAGGUUCAGCGAGGAUGAGGCUAGGUAUUUUUUCCAGCAGCUUAUCUCAGGAGUCAGCUACUGUCAUUCAAUGCAAAUAUGCCACAGGGAUUUGAAGCUUGAGAACACCCUAUUGGAUGGAAGCCCAGCACCACGCCUGAAAAUUUGUGAUUUUGGUUAUUCUAAGUCAUCUCUGCUGCAUUCAAGACCUAAGUCAACAGUUGGAACUCCAGCAUAUAUCGCGCCAGAGGUUCUUUCUCGGAGAGAAUAUGAUGGCAAGUUAGCGGAUGUUUGGUCGUGUGGAGUGACUCUUUAUGUUAUGUUGGUGGGAGCAUACCCAUUUGAAGACCCGGAGGACCCAAAGAAUUUCAGGAAAACUAUUAAUAGAAUUAUGGCUGUUCAAUACAAGAUCCCUGACUAUGUCCACAUAUCUCAAGAGUGCAAGCAUCUUAUUGCUCGCAUAUUUGUUGCGAGCCCAGCAAGGAGGAUAACCAUUAAGGAGAUAAAAAGCCAUCCAUGGUUCCUAAAGAACUUGCCCAGGGAACUGACAGAGGCAGCGCAGGCAAUCUAUUACAAGAAAGAAAAUCCAACCUUUUCCCUCCAGAGAGUUGAAGACAUAACGAAAAUUGUGGAAGAGGCCAAAAUCCCUCCUUCGGCAUCACGAUCUAUUGGAGGUUUUGGGUGGGCAGGAGAAGAGGACGGUGAUGAGAAGGAAGAAGAGGCUGUACCCGAGGAAGAGGAUGAAGAAGAUGAGUAUGAGAAGCAAGUCAAGGAGGCACAAUCCAGUGGAGAAGUUCAAUUAAGCUAAGGAAUAAUUUACUCAACAGUUGUUCGGAGUGCUAGGAUUUUGCCUUUCCAACAUCAAUGCUUUAGGUUGGAUUUCCGUUUUUGUAUAGAUGUCAGUCUCUACCAAGUACGUGGUGUUGAACGAAGUGUUUGUAGAUUGACAGUGUAUUGAGCAGCGUUCAGUGGAUUUCAGCCGUUAAGAGCAGUCGAGUUAAAAUGGGUUCUUACUAUUAUGUCAUUGUUGACAUAAGGCGGUGUGAUUAGCAUAAAAUAAAGUGUCUGGUGCCUGGGCUGAGAAGAUGUUUCUGUAAGGGGAUUCAAAUCCUCAUAGGGUUUACAUGAACGCUAAAGAAGACUAAGAGUGGCCUUGUUAUUAAUAUUUAGUGAUUUAUGGUAAUGUGUGUGUGUGUUUUCCUCUUCCUAUUCUUAAUGCGUUUUGAGCUAUCUAUUCAGUCGUCACAUAUUCUCAACA